GAAAUUUCUGAUGCAAUUAGUCAAGCUUCCAAACAUGCUAUUGAAACAGUUGAUGAUAUUCUUGAUCUAUCAAAUAUUGAGAAUAUCGAUGAUCAAAUCCAGACACAAAUUAUUUCAACUUUAAAUAAUACAAGAAUACUUUAUAAUGAGCAACUUACUCAUGAUCCUACUAUUAGAUAUAUUUUUCAAACAGGAGAGCUAAAUUAUUCGGUUAUGAUUGCAUUACGAAAGCAUCAUGAAGCAUACAAUUCAAGACCAAUUGAAAGACAAAAUCGUGCACAUAUAAUUGGUUAUGAAAAAGAAAAUACUAUUAAUCCAAAUAAGGCUAGUCAUAUAAUUUCACAUCUUACAAACAACGAUGAUCCUGAAAUACGAUUUGUAAAACAACGUGAAAAGCGAUGGAAAGAAAAUUGGAAAACAAUGACAGCUAAUCUUGCAAAUUUACAACAAUUUGAAUUAUCAAGACAAAAACAAAUUGAUAGAAUUACAAACAAAAUCAUUUAUCUUGAAUCAGCAAAUAUUACUCAAGAUUUUCCAUUACAGCAAGGUGACUAUGUAAUUGUACUAUAUGGGAUGAAAAUUUGUAUUGCUAAAGUAAUAGCAAUGUAUUAUGAAGGUUAUGGUAACCAUUGUUAUAGUCAAAAUGCGGUAACUCAGAUUGAAGAUUUAUCAUAUAUUUCGUUACAAGUAUAUUUACCUAUUCAUCUCAAUAUUUUUGCAAGCCAAACUGUGGAAGGUUAUACGUUAUUUACUCAUCAUUGUCCUCAAAAUAUUAUAUAUCAUAUUAAAUCAAAUGGUGUAAUAAUUGGUGAUAGUUCAUUAACUUUAACAGGAGUAGCACGUGAUACUUUUAAUUAUUUUAACCGUAAUACUAUUAAAAAUACUGAAGGAUAG